AUGAAAUUCUACACCCCCGUAGAUCUCUCCACACAGAAAACACUCCUCGACCAAGUGUACCAGCUAAUAUCGGUACGCAGCGCCAAAGAAUGCUCGUUCAUCACUCCGCCAAAGCUUCUAGAAGAUUUGGACGAUAUCAAGGUGAUCUAUAGACACUACGCAACGCUAUACUUUGUGUUCAUUGUCGACGACCAGGAGUCUGAGUUGGGUAUCCUAGACUUGAUCCAGGUCUUUGUCGAGUGUCUCGAUAAGUGUUUCACCAACGUAUGCGAGUUGGACUUGGUGUUUGGAUGGCAGGUGUUGCAGACAGUCCUCGAAGAGAUUGUGCAAGGCGGAAUGGUCAUCGACACUAAUAUAGCACGCAUUGUUGCUGCGGUCGAUGAUGCCAAUAGCCAGAAGAGCACUGGAAUCAAUGGUGGCAGCAGAUGGCUUCUGGGCAUCGAGAACGGGCUCCGCUGGAAGAGAUGA